UUAGUGAUGUGAAUAAUACCUUUACAACUUUUACAUUUACUUAUAGUUUAUAGAAUUUAAAAUAUCUUGCAGAUGAGAUGCGUAUCAUCCGUCCGACCAAACCGACAUCUAUCAUGAACGGUAUAAACUGCAACCUGUCCUACUCCUGUGCUCAGAGAUAUUACAAGUUAUAUCCAGUUUGCUUUUAAACCUGUAGUUCAUAGUAACAGUUUAUAUACAACCUAACAAGCAUAGAGUGCCUAAAUCUUUAGUUCGAACUAAGACACCACCAGGUGAUAAUACAAUAUACAGGAUACAGUAUGAGUGAUUUCUCUUCUCAUGGAGAACUUAUCACUUCUCUCGGCUCUACUGUUUUAAUCUCAUCAGUUGGACUUAUUUCCUUUCUCCUCCUCUUCAGACAAUGGAUGAAAGGACCAGUGUGUGAGAGUAGGGUGAGAUUGGAUGGAAAAAUUGCAGUGAUUACCGGAGCUAACACUGGUAUAGGGAAAUACAGUGCCUGGGAUCUAAGUAGAAGAGGAGCUAAGGUUCUUCUACUAUGUCGGAGUAAGGAGAAGGGAGAACAGGCUGCUCAAGAGAUAAGAACGGAUACUAAAGGAGAUGUGAGCGUAAAGAUAUUAGAUCUCUCCAGCCUAGAAAGCGUGCGUGAAUGCGCGGAAGAACUUCUUGUUUCCUUGGAUAAGAUAGAUAUAUUGCUUAAUAAUGCAGGAAUCAUGGUUUGUCCUCAGAUGAAAACCAAGGAUGGGUUUGAGAUGCAGCUUGGUACCAACCAUCUUGGACACUUUCUUCUGACCAACCUUCUCGUACCUUUACUGUUGAAAGGUGCACCUGGAGCUAGAAUUGUUAAUGUAAGCGCACUAGCUCAUAUUCGAGGAAAAAUGAACUUUGACGAUUUGUUUUUUGAGAAAAAUCCAUAUUAUCCAAUUGCGGCAUAUGCACAAUCCAAGCUUGCCAACAUUUUGUUUACCACAGAGCUAGCCAGGCGAUUAAAGGGAUCCGGAGUAAAUACUUACUCCCUUCAUCCCGGAGUAAUCCAAACCGACCUUGGCAGGCAUGUUCCAGAUAGUCUCGGCUCUGUUGUUGGGUUUAUCUUCAAACUUGGUCGACCGUUGUUGAAAACUGCUGAGAAUGGUUCGCAGACCAGUAUAUUCUGCUGUGUAGAGGAGAGUAUAGGACAGCAGAGUGGAUUGUACUAUAGUGAUUGUAGAGUGGAAACUACGUCAAAGGAAGCGCAGAGUACGGAAGACGCCAGCAAACUCUGGGAUAUCAGUGAGAAAUUAACUAAACUUAAACAAGCCUAAGUCGGCAAUAAAUCUCACAAAUCGUGCUGAUAUAUUAGUUAUUUUAUAAUAAAAUUGUAAAAUUAUGAAAAAUUUAAAGAUGAAGAUGAGGGAAGACAAGAAGCAUAACUAAUCCUAUAGA